UAUAUAAACAACUUGUUUAACAACAACAACAAAAAAUGGCCAAAACUUUGGUCCAAUAUAUUGUGGUCAGAGGUGAUCUCAAUUGGCCCGUCGGUGCUCUCAUAGGUAACUCGUGUCACGCAUCGGUGGCCGCCAUAGUGUCCAACUUGUCGUCGUCGUCAUCAACGGCGGCCAAUACGGCCGCCGAUGCCGACAACGAUACUGUCGAGUAUAUCAAACAAUUGGAUUCAAUGACCAAAGUUGUACUGAAAGCCGACAGUGAACUAGAGCUUCGGCAGUGUUGCCAAAAGUUGGACGAAAACAAUGUUAAGUACUAUCUAUGGACAGAACAGCCGGAAAAUAUUGUCACGUGUUUGGCAACAAUACCCAAACCGAGGGCCGUAUUGAAGCCAUUGCUUAGUCAUCUAAAACUAUUUAAAUGA